GAACAUCAUGACAACAGAGAAGAGUUUAGCGGCUGAAGCUGAGAAUUCUCAGCACCAGCAACAGAAGGAAGAAGGAGAGGGAACCACAAACUCAGGCCAACAAGAAACUCAGCUGGAGGAGGCCUCCCAAGCGACCGCAGCUGAGGGCAGCAAUCAGGGUGAGCAGAAGCUGAAAGCAUCCAAUGGGGACACUCCAACACAUGAAGACUUGACCAAGAACAAGGAACGGACAUCAGAAAGCAGAGGCCUAUCACGACUGCUCUCCUCAUUCCUCAAAAGGCCCAAGUCGCAGGUCUCUGAAGAAGAAGGCAGAGAAGUAGAAUCAGAGAAAGAGAAAGGUGAAGGGGGUCAGAAGGAGAUAGAACUUGGAACCAGCCUUGAUGAAGACAUCAUUUUAAAGGCCCCCAUUGCAGCUCCUGAACCUGAGCUCAAAACAGACCCCUCUUUGGAUCUUCAUUCAUUAAGCAGUAUAGAGACACAGCCAGCUCAGGAAGAACACAGAGAGGACCCAGAUUCUGAAACGAAGGAAGGAGAAGGGAUUGAAGAGUGCGCUGGAACAGAGGCGAAAGAGGACCCAGAAUCAAGAGCAGAGAGAGAACCCGAAGCCUCCCAGAAGCCCGUCAGAAGACACAGAAACAUGCACUGUAAGGUCUCCUUGCUGGAUGACACGGUCUACGAAUGUGUUGUGGAGAAACAUGCUAAGGGACAAGACUUGCUUAAGCGAGUGUGUGAGCACCUCAACCUUUUGGAAGAAGACUACUUUGGUUUAGCCCUGUGGGACAGUGCAACCUCUAAGACAUGGCUGGAUUCUGCCAAAGAAAUAAAAAAGCAGGUUCGAGGUGUUCCUUGGAAUUUCACAUUUAAUGUGAAGUUUUAUCCACCCGACCCAGCACAAUUAACAGAAGACAUAACAAGAUACUAUUUAUGUCUUCAGCUUCGGCAGGACAUUGUUGCUGGACGUCUGCCCUGUUCCUUUGCAACUUUAGCCCUGCUCGGGUCUUACACGAUCCAGUCUGAGCUGGGAGACUAUGACCCAGAACUGCACGGCGUGGAUUAUGUUAGUGAUUUUAAACUGGCUCCAAAUCAGACCAAGGAACUUGAAGAGAAGGUCAUGGAAUUGCAUAAAUCAUACAGGUCCAUGACUCCAGCUCAGGCAGACUUGGAAUUUCUUGAGAAUGCCAAAAAGUUGUCCAUGUAUGGAGUUGAUCUUCACAAAGCAAAGGACUUGGAGGGAGUGGACAUCAUCCUCGGCGUCUGCUCCAGCGGCCUUCUGGUUUACAAAGACAAGUUGAGAAUUAACCGCUUUCCUUGGCCCAAAGUGCUAAAGAUUUCUUACAAACGCAGCAGCUUCUUCAUCAAGAUCCGGCCUGGAGAGCAAGAACAUUAUGAAAGUACCAUCGGCUUCAAGCUCCCCAGUUAUCGAGCAGCCAAGAAACUAUGGAAGGUCUGCGUGGAGCAUCACACGUUCUUCAGACUGACCUCUACAGACACCAUCCCCAAAAGCAAGUUUCUUGCCCUGGGAUCCAAAUUCCGAUACAGUGGCCGGACUCAAGCUCAGACCAGGCAAGCCAGUGCCCUGAUUGACAGGCCUGCUCCACACUUUGAGCGGACAGCAAGCAAGCGGGCGUCCAGGAGCCUCGAUGGAGCAGCAGCUGCCGAGUCCACAGACCGAAGUCCUCGGCCCACCUCUGCCCCAGCCAUUGCUCAGAGUCAGGUCACAGAAGGGCCAGGGGCACCUAGCAAAAAAACACCAAAGGAAGCUGUGAAGGUUGAAGAGAAGCGGGGAGAAGAGCCGGCUGAGCCAGCUGAGCCGGAGCCCACAGAAGCAUGGAAGGUGGAAAAAACCCACACCGAGGUCACAGUACCUACCUCAAAUGGUGACCAAACGCAGAAGCUUGCAGGAAAAGGUGAAGAUCUGAUAAGAAUGAGGAAGAAAAAGAGAGAGAGACUAGAUGGUGAAAACAUUUAUAUCAGACAUAGCAAUUUAAUGUUGGAGGAUUUAGACAAGAGUCAAGAAGAGAUCAAAAAGCACCAUGCCAGCAUCAGUGAACUGAAAAAGAACUUUAUGGAAUCGGUACCCGAACCACGGCCCAGCGAGUGGGACAAGCGCUUAUCCACACACUCACCCUUCCGGACUCUUAACAUCAACGGGCAAGUCCCUACUGGAGAUGGAGUGAAGAAAACUUCUAUCCUCCCCUCGGAAAGAAAGUGCCCUAGCUACUUUAUCCCUGAUACAUAUCACUUAGGGGUGUGCAAAGAACCGGUAUUCAGCUUCCAGACCGACCAGAGAAGGCUAGCUCAGCUAAAGGAACUCAGAGCCAAGUUUUUCCUCUCAUAGAUGCCAUCUGCCUUGACCAUGGAUAGCAGGAUACAGGGAUGCAGGGAAGAAAAGGUCCAAGUUGACCAACUGGGGAGCUGGGGGAGACUCCCUUAAACGUUAUCAAAAGUGUUUGCUAAGUUUAUAAACCUUCAUGUUGAUCAUAACCAUUUCAGUCAGGGUUUCCAGGCUGUGUAACCACUAAGGUCUUGUGGGGCUGCGUUUGCCUUUCUUGUUCUUCUCUGUGGCUGCCCCACCCCAGGGUAGACCCUGGAGACACAUAAUACAAUUUAUAAUUUUGAUCUUAUCUUGCAGUCUUUACUAAUAUUCCACUGAGCAAAAUCAAAUUCUCAUACUGAGCUAUUGCAGUCAGAGUCUUUUUCUGAAGAGAUAUAAAAAUUGUUCUUUAUAUUCUGCCAUUCUGUUUGUUAGUAAAAGUAACUUCAUUCACGGCAAGCAGAAUGCUUCGUUAUUGACACUGCCUGAUGCAUUGAUGAUUGGCGGCAGCAUCAAAGCAAUUAAAAAUGACCUGGAAUCCAUGUGUGGAAAACAUUCAUGCACGAAUAGCCUCAAUAAGUAACAGAGAGAGGGGAAGCAGGUGACUGCUUGAACUCCCAAGUGUUGCAACACUGAUUUAUUCCAAACACUAAAUUUUAAUUCAGUCACAUAGUUAAACCCGCAGGGUAAAUUGCCAAAGUAGCAAGGGGCUAGAGCAUCAGGAGCAUCCAGGAGAUCUUCCCACGCCUUUGCACAUCCCCAAGAAUCACUUAAGCAUUUUCCAUCUGUCAUUUUGUUCAUCUCUCUGUCUUUCUUGAUCUUCUACUGUGAAAGCAGACACAAGAACGUGCUCUGUUAGUACAGGGUGAAGAGAACAGUAAAAGGCCAGAGAGAUCCACUGAGAGAACCUUGCCCCAGCGCGAAAAUGAAGAGAUUGCUCCCAAGGUUUCUAUUCCAAUCCCCGAGGAACACAAGGCUCUCAAAAAGUGCCACCUCUACUCUAGUGUUUUUCCGUCGCCUCGUAUUCCUUUCAUGAUGUCUUUUCUCCUGGUCCUUGCCCUGGCUGUUUGGUGGUUGAUCUUUCUGUGAUUGGAAAACAGGGUGCUCAUCUGACAUGUCAAGACUAAAACCACCGAACUCUGUCUCUGGCUUGGAAUGUGUAAUUGCCCACGUCACGCCUCGGAUCCUGAGCGUUCACUGUCAUAGGGACCUCUGGAGGUUCUUUUUCCUGUCAAUAAUAAAAUGUGAAUCUCUGCAGAGUAUACAUUGUGAGGAAAAAGGAGUAGUGAUGGAUUGGCCCACCAGUGCUCCUACCCCAAAGUUAACUUUAGGCAAAUCAGAUGGAAGUGUAUGGUAGGUGGUACUCACCCCAAAGCUACCGUGCACGCUCUUACUGUUGACCUGCUAUGUCCCCUUCUCAGUGUCUCACGCAGACUGGGACACUCUGAAAACAUUUCAUGGACUAUUUUCUCAGUCUUCUAUAGCCAUUUCUGUGGCAUGGGCUCUGUAGUUUAAGAAGAAAUUCGACUUCCCAACCUUUGAAAAGCCUUAAAAUGAAAAUUUUAAUCCAAAAGAUCCAUAACCGCUCCUUUUCUUAGCGUGUCUAAUCAGUGCAUACAAAAGGCCUUUUCUGCAAGGGGCUCUGACACCUGUGGCCUUUUCGUGAGUGUUUAUGAGCUGUACGGAAUAGGCAACUUUAUUCGGCCUGGUGUGGAGAAGAAUCAUGCUGUCUUUUCAUGCGUAGAGAGUUCAUUUUGUUUAGGGAAAUGGUGCUGGUGUCCCGUGGCCUCUAGCCAGGGUGGAAAAUUUCAGACUACCUACCUUUAAAAGUCCUGGAGUACAGAUUAACUUGAGAUCUGUAUGUCAACACACUUUUCUCUAAAUUAAAAUAUUGUUACUUCUUAUGGUACAAGUAAUUGUUGCUAGAAGCAAUGUUUAACUGUUAUAAUAAGUGUAAACGAUACUGUUUCCUUGUACUUCAGACCUGUUCUCCCACUUGUGUUAAAAUCAAUUGUUUCUAAUCAGUAGCCUUGGAGCUAAGCUUUCACUGCGACAUGUGUCCGGUUUGCAUGUUGAUUCUGAGGCUUCCCUGAUGUGAGCACACCCGCCUCUGAGCACUGCUUAGAUGCUAAAUUGGUGGUUUCUCACCUUACUAUAUUAACCUUGCAUGACGUCGCUUGCUUUCUACGGCAUUUCGAUGCAUCAAUGUGGAUGAGUUGUUAACUUCUCAAAUACUAUUUUUGGACUCUGAGUUAGAGUCAUCACGUUGAGACUAUUAUCUUUUAUAUUAUUUCUUAGUGCUUUUUGGUCAGUGAAAUUUCUAAAGAUGGUUUUUGCCUUUGAAAAGGUGGAGGGGGAGGGAGGAAGAGAGAGUAAAACAGUAAAAGCAAGAAUGUUGUUGUUCCUCAGUGCUCAGUAGUAUUGAUCUGUUGUUUUGACAGAUAGGAUUGUCUGAUAGUUACUGAAAACUGCUAUGGUAUACUCUGUCAUUAUUGGACUUAGGGGAAAAAACUAGAAAAAGAAGCAAGGACCAGGCUAGAUUUUUAAGAAAAAAAAAAUCUAGAUAUAUAUGGUUUGUGUUACAAGUAAUGUCUAUUUAUAAAAACAUUUUGUAAAUCAGCAUAUUUCUUGAUUCACUCGUAAGAAAAGGGAUUGCAAAGCCCUCUAAAGAACUGCUUUGCAAGGUAGACCACGACAGUCGUGAGGAAGUCUCCUUACCUGUGAAAAGAUGUAAGAUUUCCUUAAUGAAGUAACAAUUGAAACUAGCAUUCUUUAUGUUAUUGUAAGUUUUUUUUAGGAAUUAAAAAUUAACCUUAAAAUUUUAUCGGUACUUUUGUAACUUUCAAAUCAUAUUUCCUACAGUUCCAGUUUUCAUUGUUGUACACAACUUUUUAUUAAUUAUUGUAAACAUCACCCUGGAAUUUUUUUUCCUUUUAUAUUGGAAUUAUUUCAAAUCCAUUAAAAGUUUACUGUUCAAUGUUCUGAAGUGUAGCGAGGAUCUUCAGAGAUCUUUGCUAACAAAGGAGCUACUUCUUAUUGGUAAAGCUGCUGAUAAAUGGAUACCAAGUCCUUAUAUUGAACAGAGCUGAUGAGCAUGGGCUCAAAAGAUAUAGUCAUAGUUAUUGGAGGACAAACAUCAGCUGUUCCAGCCCUGGGUGGGCUCCAGUUAAUGCUGCCAAUACAAGAAGCUGCAGACGGCAUCUCUUUCUCUCCUCCACUUUACUCCAUUCUCGGUAUCAUGGGCAUUCCAGUAACUGGGUACCACUUUACCCAGUUUUUCCUUGAUGGUAGGUCCAGAAGUAAGGAUAUUAAUACAGACCUGUGUUGCGGUUUUGCCUUGUUUUCCUGUGAAUCAUUUCCAGAGUGAAUUGAGGAGGUCUUAACUAUCUGGUGCCCAUAUUUCCACCUACAUCCAAACAGACAAACUACCUCAUGAGAACAACUCUGCACCAUGUUUCAGGAAGUGAUGAUGUUCAGUCGUCGGUCCCUGAGGAGCUAGGAAGAUAGAAUUUUUAAAAAGCAGACACGUGUGAACCUCUUGAGAUUCUUCUUGUAGUAAGCAAACAACCAUGUUUAUUUAUUUCUGGCUGAUCCUGGAUGAUAUGUGACUAAGUACUCAAAAACUAGGAAAGUUAAAAAUGCUUUUCCAGACUUAUCCAGGUCUUAAUAAAUUCAUAUGGUGUUCUCUGAGCAGCGCGCACUUAGGAAUAAGCCCAGUUUCUAUAUUGUACAUCUGUCUUUUAGCUGUUUGCUUAUUGCUAGCUAGCAUUUGUAGUAUAAAGUAGAUCCCACUUGCAAGUUUUACAACUUUGUUUACAUGGUUAGUAAAAACUUUAAGGAGGGGUCUGCCUGUUGAUCAAGAGCAGACUGGAAUCACCUCUAGAGCUGCCCUGCUAUCACUGGGGAACCCAGAGACUUCCUAAGUCACUUCUGUGGUGGUUUCUAUGAUAAACCCACAGGGCACUCAAUAUCCCUGAGACUUUCAGGGGUUGUCACCAGUAAGAAUGCAUGCUUACACCCAGUUGUCAUUUACUCAGUACUACUGAGCGCUGAGGAGCAAGGUGAACUUCUGUCUCACUGUCGCUCCCUUGAGGAAGUCUGCCCUCCGCCUUUAUGCUUCAGACAGAUGAUGUCGUCGUGAAGGUCACAGUUCUCCACAUGAAAGCCUCCCUUUCCUCAUUACUAACUACUCACCCACUGCUCUUUGUGACCUUGACACCAGAACCUGAGACAAAUCCUUCUAUUCUGUUGUCUGCUUUGUGGGAUUCCUUCAGCCACCUCCUCUAUAUCACUACACUAAUGUCAGUGAGCCGUGGUCACCUCUCAUGCCUUAGGAUCCCCUUAUAUCAGAGCAGAUAGAGAAGCCCCCUGAGACUGGCUGGGAACAGGCAACUGGAUGGUUAGGAAGGUCUGCUCUUGUAAGGGAGCCUCUGGAGUUAGGCCAGGACUGGGUGGGCUAUGACCCUCAGGGGAUUUUAUUUAGUAAAUAAAAUUCCUGUUACCAUUGCUCAUUAUUUCCACAGGUCAGAAAUACAGGCUAAAAAUGAAAUAACUUUAGUAACAGUUUAUCUAUAUGAAUAGAUGGCAGCUUGUUGAAAGGUUUUUCCUCAUUUUUUUGUGACUGGGUGGUUACAAUGUCCUUCCUUCUACCAUGCUUACAAUCCUCUUUGGAGUAAUUAAUAGAUAUGUCUAAGAUUUAAAAAGGGGAAAACAAAAUCCCAGCUAUCUUUUCUGACCCCUAAAUCAACAAAAGGCAGUUAGCUUCUUGUUUCGUCCCCACUGUCUUAAAGAAAAGGGCCAUAGCUCAGCUCCUGAGUGUGUUUGGUAUUCAUGAGGCCCUGAUUUGACCCCCAGCACAAUGAAAAGCAGAAAGGAAGACUGGGUGGUGGGAGGUAGGAAGGGGAAAGGAGAGAGAGAGGUGAACGGGAAAACAUGGUUACUGCCUGCUCUCUGCAAGGAUGCAGAAAGACAGCACUUCUGAUGCUUGGGUCUGAAAGAUCUUAAGUCCUCUUGCCUCUGACAUUCAACUCUUAGAACAAUGUCAUUUAGAGCUUUAGAAGCUGGCAUUGCAGCUUGUGCUUGCUCACCUCCCAUGAUAGAUGACUGUGUUAUUUGGACAGCUGAACUCACUCGUUCGUCCAUUAAGUUGGGGAGCUUCUCCAUAGCUUUGCUUAUCAAUCCUGAAUGCAGGGAUUGUAGAGUUUCUUUGAGUUGGGUGUGGUUGUACAGAACUGGUCAAGCUGACUUUUGGGAGACUGAGGCAGGAGAGCCAGUUGAAGCCAGACCAGAUUACACUCUGAAGACCAUGUUUCAAAAAAGAAAGAGAACUAAAUCUCUGACCUCUUCGUGAAACUUCUUGUUAAAUUAAAGGCAGCUCUCUUGUGGGGUUAAUCUUAGUUCUUAGCCUUUGAGGACUGCUGUCUGUGUCAGCGGCGAGUCUUUGGUUUGUUCUUUGUUUGCCGCCUGCCACCUGUGGAUCCCAGGUACCAGCUUGCCUUGUAUAUAACAAGUCAUCAAUGUGUGAACUAAAUUACUAAUAACAGAUGGUAAUGGGUAACUCUAUCUUUUACAUGGACUGUCUUGUUCUGAGACAAAUUUGAUCACUAUAUGCCUAAUCCCUGAGUGCAGGCAGCCAAGAAAGCCUGUGCAGAGCUUUCUAGUUAAUGAGCUGUAGUCCCUGCUUUACUUAAAGGACCUCAGGUUGGAUGCCACUAUGGUAAAUGUUGGUCUCUCUUAUUAACAAUCUUGUAAUUUGGUUUGGUUUUCCUUUACCAUAGCUAUCGAUCAACUAUUUUCAGUCCAAAAUGUAUUACCAAGACUGGUGUACAUGUUCAUAUGUUUUUAAGUUCAACCUGGAGUAUGAUGUCAUUAGCAGAACAUUUGUUUAUCUGAAAUACAUCACUGAUAUCAAUCUGGUGUUUUUCUAUUGUUUUAUAUGCUCUAAAAACAAAAUCUAUCAAACUUUUGGGUUUUGCGCGUCAGGUAGAUGUGUGGUUGGCACAGCUUCUCUGAGGAGUGGCACAGUAAGGUGUCAGGCUUCUCACAACUGCUCAGCUCUGCCACAGCAAGAAAUGAGAUGGGGCUCAGUGUAACUACAUCUCAGUCAGAAUCACUAGACACAAAAUUUGAUUUUUGUACAAUUUUUAUACCACUAAAUAUUUUUUCUCUACCCAUUUAAAAACCAUCUAUUCGGAGGGCUGGCGAGAUGGCUCAGUGGUUAAGAGCACAGACUGCUCUUCCAAAGGUCCUGAGUUCAAAUCCCAGUAACUACAUGGUGGCUCACAACCAUCCGUAAUGAGAUCUGAUGCCCUCUUCUAGGGUGUCUGUAUAAAAACAGCUACAGUGUACUUACAUACAAUAAAUAAAUAACUCUUUAAAAAAAUAAAAAAUAAAAGCCAUCUAUUCUUAGCUCAUGGACAUACAAAAACAAAGAUAGACUGGAAUUUGGCCUGUGGGGACCAGUUCUCAGAUUUCCCUCACAGACUAGAAAGCUGAUUGGUUUCCUUUUUUUUUUCUUCCCUGGCUUUGGUACUAUUUUGUUUAUGGAAACUGGAAAACGUUUCUUCUCUGGAACAUGAAAUCCCAUGACCGACACAGUGCCCUUGUCUUUACCCACAUUCUCUGCAUUGACCGUGGUCUUAAUAGAACUUGCUACCAUCUACCCACUUUGUUUCGGUUGGAUUUAAAAGGUCUGCCUCGAUUUUCUCAUACAGAAUAAAGCAAUGUAAUUCCUAAAUACCUUCUCUUUAGGCAGAUUCUAAAAUUAUGUAAUAAGGAUGUUUUGAAAACAAAUGGGGGCUGGAGAGAUAGCUUAGUGCUUAAGUGUGCUUGCUGCCCUUCUGAGGAUCUGAGUUCAGUUCCCCGCUCAGUUGCAGUGCUCGAGCUGAGUGGCUCAUACCUGCCUGUAACUCCAGCUCCAGGAGGGAUGCCAUGCCUCAAGCCUCUGCCAGCACGGCACUCAGGUGCACAUGCCACUCCCACACACACAUGUGCAUAAUUGAAAAGAACCCUUUCUAAAGGAAGUGAUUUUCCAUUGAGCACUUAGAGCACGCCUGUGUUCUAGUCGGCUGCAUAGAUUUAAGAUUAGGCAUUUAAGGGACUCAUUUGCUUUUCGAAUUAUUCUUGUAAA